ACAUUAACUGUUUCUUACAGUGACCCACUCGCUGAAGUAUUUCCUUACUGGAUCCUCUCAAGUCCCAAACUUCCCAGAGUUUGUGGUUGUUGGGAUGGUUGAUGAUGUUCAGAUUGAUUAUUAUGACAGCAACACAGAGAAAGCUGAGCCCAAACAGGACUGGAUUGCCAGGAAAACAGAUCAGCAGUACUGGGAGAGAGAGACUGCAAACUGCUGGGGUUCCCAGCAGUCUUUCAAAGCCAACAUUGACACUGCAAAGCAGCGCUUCAACCAAACUGGAGGUGUUCACAUUGUCCAGCGGAUGUACGGCUGUGAAUGGGAUGAUGAAACAGGUGAAGUGAAUGGAUAUCGCCAAGACGGCUAUGAUGGAGAAGACUUCAUAAGCUUUGACCUGAAGACAGAGACAUGGGUUGCUCCAAAACAACAGGCUGUCAUCACAAAGACGAAGUGGGACAGUAACAAAGCUACGAUCACACAGUAUAAGAACUACCUCACCCAGAUUUGUCCUGAGUGGCUGAAGAAGUAUGUGAACUAUGGGAGGAGCUCUCUGAUGAAAACAGUUCGUCCCUCAGUGUCUCUCCUCCAGAAGUCUUCCUCCUCCUCAGUCACCUGCCACGCUACAGGUUUCUAUCCUAACAGAGCCGAGAUGGUCUGGAAAAAAGAUGGAGUGGAGCAUCAUGAGGGCGUGAACAAAGGAGAGAUUCUCACCAACAAUGACGGGACCUUCCAGAUGAGUGUUGACCUGGAUGUCUCAUCAGUCAAACCUGAAGACUGGCACAGAUACAGAUGUGUGUUUCAGCUCUCUGGUGUGAACGAGGACAUCGUCACCAAACUGGACAAAUCAGAGAUCAGGACCAAUGAAGGAAGUUCCUUCUCCCUGAUCAUCCCUGUUGUUGUUGUUGUGGUUGUUCUUGCUGCCAUCGCUGUGAUCGCGUUCAUUAUUUACAAAAAGAGGACGGGUGAGAAACAAACUUCCUGGAUUUUUCUUGUAUAAUGCAAACAACAAUGAUGACAUAGUGCAAACAAUAAUAAUGAUAGUAAGAGUAAUAUGACUUAAUUGAAGUCAUUAUUAACAGUUUUCAAAAGAAAACAAACAAUGCACACAGGAUUAAACAG